AAAUUGAAUUUGAGGAGAAAUGGAAGAGAAUGAUAGUUUGUUAUGGACUUCAAAAUAUUCAGUGGUUGUCAGGCCUGUACGAGGAAAGACGUAAGUGGAUACCAGCUUAUGUGGAGGAUACAUUUUGGACUGGAAUGUCCACAACACAGCGUAGCGAAAGUAUGAAUGCAUUUUUUGAUGGGUAUGUGAACUCGAAAACUUCAUUAAAACAAUUCGUUGAGCAGUAUGAAAGGGCAAUAAAAAAUAAAGCUGAAAAAGAAGCAGAAUUAGACUAUAAAUCAUUUAGGUCAAUCAUACCAUGUAUCAGCCGUUAUGCAUUUGAGAAGCAAUUUUAAGAUGUGUACAUGAUUGCUAAAUUUCGAGAAUUUCAGGCAGAGUUGAAGGAAUUAAUGCAUUGUGAGACAUCCUUACUGUCUUCGAAGGGCAGUGCGAAUUCUUAUCAAGUUAAUGAGUAUGGCGAUGGAGGAAAAGAUAUACCCUUCACAGUAUAUUUUGAUGAGGGUAGCUUUCUAGUAAAUUGUAUUUGUCGUCUAUUUGAGUAUAAAGUUAUUUUAUGUCGAAAUUCAAUUGCCGUCCUAGUUCAUAGGAGUUGAUGAUUGCCCCAAAUUCUUACAUAUUAACACAAUAGAGAAAGGACGUCAGACGGAGGUAUACCCACGUGAAGACAUGGCAUAAGAACUUAGGGAGCACCGCUGAAAUUUAUCGAUAUGAAGUAUGUAGGAGUAUGUAUGACAUUGUAGACAUAGCUGCUGAGUCUGAUGAGAAAUAUGAAGUAGCAUUACGUACAUUGCGAGAUUUGAAGACAAAAUUAGAAAAUACUUUAUCAUCGAAGAGAAGCAAUGAUAUUGAAUAUUCGCCGAUUGCGGCAACACCUUCGAAUGGUGCAUCGAAUGAUAGAAGUAACGACCAGAGAGUUUUGAGCCCACCACCUGUUCGCAGUAAAGGCUGCCUGCCAAACAAAAUAAAAGAGUCGAUGGCCGAUAAAGUUGUACGACGGUUGAAGAUGAAAGGCAAUAAACAACAGGUUGGGCAACAUUGUUGGGACAGGUUAUAUAACGGUGAAUGUUCCAUCUAUAAUCGUAUCUCAUCAUCACACUCGGCCUCGUCCCAACAGAGUGUUCAUCUACAAAGUCCUACGAUUAACAAUUCGUCGGCAAGUGACUUACCUUAUAGGAUCGAUGUACAAAGCAGCCCAGCCAUCAUCGUAACAACAACGUGGGGCCCCAAAAAUAUAUCCACUUCUGUAGAUCCUAUCAUGUAUCCUCAUAGAGUGGAUAAGAGUCCUCAAUCUACAAAUCAGAAUCCGAGCAGUUAUAGCGUAGAAUGGAACAGUUAUAGAGAUACUGAUAACUUAUUGAAUCGUGCAGUAAAAGUAACCAUCGCUGGCAACGAAAUUGAUAAUGAUUGCUCACAGAGUGCUGUGGCUGCUGAAAAUGCACUGCGUAUGGUUGUUCCUGUGCUGCUUUGGCUGUACCAAAAUGUUGUACAGUCCUUCGCCUUUUCAGUUCGCUUGGCAUUAGGUUUCAUUGUAUUGCUGACUUUAAGGCUCUUUCGGCUUCAGGUUAAAAGGAAAUUUGGGUAUCGUGUCGAACCAUUCUUUGGAAUAAUGACAGCUUUGCAAUUUUACUUGUUGUUCUAUUCAACGCGGCCUCUUCCAAACAUUUUAGCUUUUUGUUUAGUUAAUUUGGCAUAUUCUUUUUGGUUUAAGGGAGAUUCCUUGGCUACUUUGAAAUGCCUGACUGUCCCUACAGUUGUAUUUCGCUGCGAUACCGUGCUGCUCUUUGGUCCUAUUGGCAUUGAGCUGUUGUUGAGUAAAUCUGUUUCACUGCUGGAAGCAAUUAAAUGCUGCGUGAUCACUGCUCUUCUGUGCAUAGGCAUUUCUGUGCUGGUUGAUUCAAUAAUGUGGCAAAGAAUAUUGUGGCCAGAAUUGGAAGUUUUCUGGUUUAACUCAGUUCUAAACCGUAGUUCAGAAUGGGGUACUCAUCCACUUCAUUGUUACUUCACUUCAGCACUUCCACGCUCCAUGCUUGUAGGAUAUCCUCUUUGUAUGAUUGGUAUGAUUCUUGAUAGAAGGAUAAGGCGAUAUGUGCUUCCAGUCUUUUUAUUUAUUUGGAUUUUUUCAAAACUUCCGCACAAGGAGCUUCGGUUCAUACUUGGUUCUAUUCCUAUUCUAAAUGUGUCAGCAUCAAUAGCAGCUAGCAGCGUAUAUAAUAAUAGGAAGAAGAAAAUAUGGAGUUGGAUCUAUGUCAUUAUGCUUGGAUCUUUUAUUGUCAGUGUAGGAUGCUCUAUAGUGACAUUCAUGGCAUCCUAUAACAAUUAUCCAGGUGGUUAUGCUUUGAAGGCUCUACAUCAAGCUGAUGCAUCAACAAAGGAAAAGUUGGUUCAUAUAGAUGCUUUCACAGCAAUGAAUGGAGUUUCUCGUUUUUCUGAAAAUGAAUAUCCUUGGAGAUACUCUAAAGAAGGACUUGCCAUCGAACAUUUUCGUAACAAAAAUUUCACCUACCUGCUGAAUCGAAAGAGCCAAAAGUAUUCGUACAUGGGAACAUAGAAGACAAGGGCAUUGUCUCUUCAGAUUGGUCAGGGUGCCCAUAGAGAUCAAAAUAAAGCAUCAUGUCUUUCCGAGGAGUCGCUAACUUAUGCACUACAAAAUGAUUGAGAAGCAAAAUAGUUCUCUCAUAACUUUGGUAGUUUGGACUUGUACAUCACCAUCUUUGUUUUCCUUUUUCUUUUUUGGCUUCCCAGCUGAAUGAGGCCUAUGUGCUCCUCAUUGUUGAUUUUUAUCGGCGUAUAUGCAUACAAUGUAUUAUGUAAGAAAAAAAUUGGGUUAUUAAGACCAAACCUCUUAUUGCUUCAGCA